UCCUCCUUCUCCCUGAACCUCUGCUCCUCAGCAGCCAUGUCGGAGAGCAAGAAGCCCCACGGAUCUGCCGCCGGCGCCCGCGUCAUCAAGGUGACCGUGAAGACCCUCAAGCGCAAGGAGCACUUUGAGGUGGCCGAGAGCACCCUCGUGCAGGACUUCAAGAAGCUCAUCUCUGAGCGCUUCAAGAUGCCCCUGGAGCAGCUGUCGCUGAUCUUUGCCGGCGAGAUCCUCAAGGACCAGGACACUCUGUCGCAGCACAAGAUUGUCAGCGGCUCCAAGGUGCACCUCUUCAUCAAGUCGCAGAGGAGGCCGCCGGGGAACCCCGGGCCCUUCCCGGGAAACACCGGCCCCGCUGCCUUCCUGCCCGUGCCCCCCACGAGCCUGUUGCUCUCCAGCGAGGCCUCCUCAGAGCACAGCCUUGACCUGUCCGAGUGGAGCAACCAGCAGGAAGAGCUGAUGGCUUCCUGCCACAAGCUGGUGGCGCAGACCAUGGAGAACCUCUUGCUUCAGAUGGUCACCCUGAACCUGGAUGCCUCCACCUUGAACAACAACCCGCUUCUCUUGGGCUUCCUCGUGGGCGUCACCGGCAUGAACGUCCUGGGCCUGAGCUCCAUGGACGUGUCCGACAUCGUGGGCGAGGCCCACGAACAGGACAUGACCCGGCAGGAGCUCAUCAGCGAGGUGAUGCAGCACCCUUUUGUGCAGAACCUCUUUGGAGACACCGAGCAGGUCAGGCAGAUGAUCAUGUCCGUCCCGCAGAUGCAGCAGCUGGCCGAGCAGAACCCCGAGAUCAACCACAUCCUCAACAACUCCGAGUUCCUGCGGGAGAUGAUCGACGUGGCCACCAGCCCGGCGGUGAUGGACGAGAUCAUCAGGAACCACGACCGAGCCCUGAGCAACCUCGAAAGCAUCCCAGGUGGGUACAGUGCCUUGCAGCAGCUCUACAACGACAUAGAGGCCCCCAUGCUGAACGCUGUCCAAGCCCAGUUCCAGGGCAACACGUUUGCCCCGCCAGAGAACAAGCCCCCUUCUGGGGGGAUCAGCCCUCUGGCCCGGACAGAAAACAGAGAGCCCCUGCCAAACCCCUGGGCUCCUCCGUCCAACAACAGUGGCGGCGACAAUUUCUGCAACAGUGACCUCAAUGGUGCCAAUAACGAUGCUAGUCAGGGCUACAUCCUGCUUGCUUUAGGUCCUGGAGUCCAGCCUGGGCUGAACAAGUCCGAAAGCAUCCAGAACAUGGUUCACCAGCUCACAGAGAACCUGGAGUUCAUGCAGAACAUGUCCAAUGCCCUCUCGAAACCCGAUGGGCCUACCCAGUUAUUCCUCAGCCACUGCAACUCCUCCCCCGAGAGUAACGAUGCUUCUCUGCCUCAAGGGUGGGUGCAGCAGCUCCCUGCAAAAUUGGAGAGGUCAGAGGCCGCUGCACUGCUGACCAACCCCAGAGCGGUCCAGGCUCUCCUCCAGCUGCAGGUGAGCCUACUGACCCUGACAAGAGAAGUGCCCGAUUUCCUCCAAUCCUUGACGGACCCGGACGUCGAGCCCGAGAGCAUGGAAGACUCUGACGAGGGAGAGAGCCCGUCCUCGGAAGCAGGGAGCCUCAUCUCGGCCGAUGAAAGCCUGGAGAUGGAAAGCAGCGAAUCCAAAGCGGAAGAAAGAAGAAGAAGAAGAGAGGAGGAGGAGGAGGAGGAAGACGAAGAUGUAGACAUGGAACAGCAAGCUCCAGUGGUCCUCUAUCAGAUGCAGCUGCAACAGCUCCAGAUGAUGGGCUUCCAGAACCAGGAACUGAACCUGCAAGCUUUAAUUGACACAGAUGGAGAUAUUGGUGCAGCGGUUGAAAAGCUUACGAACUCUCGUGCAUCCUAGCAACAGAUUUACCUUUGCCUCUUGUAGGGUCACCUGACACACUAAAGUCAGCAUGGUGGAUAUUACAAUG